CGAUUUAGAAUGAACAAGUCAUUGUUCAUGCGUAUUGUUGAUCAACUUUCCAAUGAAGUUGAAUACUUCCGACAAAAGAAAGAUGCUCUCGGAAGGCUUAGUCUCUCUCCACUUCAGAAGUGUAUGGCAGCCAUUCGUGUCUUUUCCUAUGGUUCUGCGGCUGAUGUUGUUGACGAAUAUCUUCGACUCGGUGCAACGACAGUUCGGUUAUGUGUGGAACAUUUUUUAGAAGGAAUAAUAUAUUUAUUCGGCGAUGAGUACCUAAGAAGACCAACACCGACUGAUCUUCAACGUCUACUUUAUAUUGGUGAGCAUCGUGGCUUUCCCGGGAUGAUAGGGAGCAUCGAUUGUAUGCAUUGGGAGUGGAAGAAUUGUCCCACCGCUUGGAAAGGUACCUUAAAUGAUAUCAAUGUUCUUGAUCGCUCACCUGUUUUUGAUGACAUAAUAAAAGGUCAAGCUCUGCAAGUUACUUUCUCUGUCAAUGGAAGAGAGUAUCAUUUGGCUUACUAUCUCACCGAUGGUAUUUAUCCGAAAUGGACAACUUUUAUCCAAUCUAUUCCAAUACCACAAGGUCUGAAAGCGACUUUGUUUGCUCAACAUCAAGAAGCUGUCCGAAAAGAUGUCGAGCGUGCUUUUGGAGUCUUGCAAGCUCGAUUUGCCAUUGUUAAAAAUCCAGCACUUUUUUGGGAUAAAGCCAAAAUUGAGAGGAUUAUGAGAGCAUGUAUCAUACUCCAUAAUAUGAUAGUAGAAGACGAA